UGGAUUGGAUGGCUUUUCAGCCUGUGUGACAAACUCCUACACCGGGCGGAACGGCAUGCAAUAACAGCCAGUGGAAUAUUAGCGAUGGUUUUAAAAAGAAAAACACUCCCAGAGUCUCAUUAGAACAGAGGCGUUUGGGAGGAAAAUCAAGCUGAAAUUAAAAUGAAUUUAAUUCAAGAGCUGGGAUCUGAGAACUGUAGUAAAACCUUUUUAUUUAAAAUGUUAGGAACUAAAAAAUGUUGGGGGGUGGGGGGGACGGGGGAAAGUUUUGCAUUAACUACCUCAGAUUAUCCUAUAGUUCUAUUAAAGAGUAACAGUUAUCAAAUACUGAUGAUUGUUAAGCUUUACCCCAAAAAAGAAUUUUGCUGUAUUUAUUAUGGGGUGCUAAUUACAAUUAUUUUCCUGCCUUAAAGAUCAAGUUAUAAUUUUUAAAGGGAUUUUUAUAUAGUUUUACUUGAAUAAUAAUUCAGUAAGCUGAAAAUGCACAGCUAAAAUUCUUUCAUUUAAAAACCACUAAUAGUUGUCAGAUGUCAUAUAUUUGAUUUAACGUCCAAUCAAAAAGAGGAAGGAAACGAGAUUUGUGAAGUAACAAAUUGUCAAAGCAAUGUCUGUUGUGUUGUACUUCAUUUGAAACAAUAAUAUGACCCGUGAAAUUGCUUUAGGAAUUUUAUUUACCUUUUACUUUGGACUAGUUUCCAUUACCACUUUCACACACCAGGCAUUGGCAUAUGCUCUUUCCUUAAUCCAGAAUGCCUAAAUUUCAAAUUUGUAUUUUCUCCUUGCACUUUGCUUGUGAAAAGUCUAAAGUGUCUCAUAUUUUUAGAUUGUAUUAAUCCUAAUUCUUCUAAACACUCUCCCAUCCCCAAGUGUAAAUGCUAGCCGUUUUGUGAAAGUCAAUUUCUUCAUCCUAACUGGACGAGUUUACCUCUGGAAUAAUGUAGAAUUUCUUAUGAUUGGUUCCAUAGGACUAAAACUAAAACUCAUUCUUUGCAGUUAGCUGGUUAUACCCAAAGGAAUUUGAGGGGCAGGGGGACACAAUUCAGUCCUGGGCAAUAAGCACACUACCAGGAAAUACAGCAAAAAAUACUCGUGGCAUGAUAGUUAUGAAAUAUUUUAAACACCGUACAUUGAGAAUACCUAUAUUUAAAAGUCACACAUCAGAUUUAGCAGUACACCAGAUUUUGAGUCCUGUCAUACUGAUGGCAAGAAGAUGAGUUGAACAAUGGAAUAGUUUUUUGUGUAACAGGGACAAAUAAUUUCUACAUAUGCACAUAACAUUGCACUAAUUUUAGAUUUGUUUAGAGAAAACUUGGGUGGCAUGCAGAAGAAUGGAGAAGCCUUAAUGCAUUUGACUAUUAUUAAUAAUGUGUAUAGCAAAAAUUUUCCACGUGCAGUGGAGCUCAAGUAGAUGCUCUAUGCGUGGAGUAUGGAAACAUUAGUAUUUGACUUAUUGUCACUGUUGUACAGCUUUUGUUUACUUCUUCAUCUAUUUUUUAACCCUAUUUACUCUUCACUAGUUUAGACAUGAGUCAAAGCAGCGAAGGAUGUAUGAAAAAGAUUAGCGGUGUGAAUCUUGACAAGCUUAUAAGUGAUUUCUCACAGAUAGAAAAGAAAAUGAUAGAAACCAGUGGAAAGAAUAAUAUACUGGAUAUGCAGUUGGAAAAAACUAACUAUUUGUUAAAAGUAACGCAAACAAAGGAGGUUUCAAUUAAAAAAGAAUGUUCUGCUCUUCAUAAUAUGAUAAAAGGGCUACAGCAGACAAUUGAACAUCAACAUAAUUUAAAAGGUGAAAAUGAACAACUAAAAAGAAAUGCUGAUCUUAUGAGAGAAAAGCUGAAGUCUCAUGAACAAGAAUAUAAGAAUAAUAUUGCCAAACUUAUGAGUGAAAUGAAAAUCAAAGAGGAGGGACAUAAAAUAGAAAUAAGGAAACUUUAUCAGGAUAUGCAGGAAAAAAUUGAGUCAAAUGAACAAAAGCAUAAAGAACUGAUGGAGAAAAGGGAAGUGGAAAUUUCAGAGUUAAAUGCAAAGUUAAAAACUCAAGAAAAGGAAAAACAAAGUGAAAUAAUCAAAUUACAGCUCGAGUUUGAUGCCAAACUAGCAAGAGUUCAAACUAAAUCAAAAUCCUAUGCAGAUUCUACUGUUUUGCCACAGAGUAUCUACAGAAGGAAGCUUCAACAUCUUCAAGAAGAAAAAAACAAGGAGAUUGCAGUUCUUCGUAAUACCAUUCGCAAUUUAGAGCAACGUCUCUCUGUUGACAAAGAUUCUCAACUUAAACCUUUUGACAAAGGUUCUUGCCCUAAGCGUAGACGGUUUUGAGUAUGACAGUAAAUUCAUUAGUUGCUACUUAAUUUCUUUAAAAGCAGUUGAAAAUGCCACUUCUGUCAUUAAUAUAACAUAUUACCUAAAUAAUAACAAUGAAAAAAAGAUCGUUUUAAACAUUUUAAAUUGAGUUUAUUUAAACAAAUCCACAUUUGGCCAACUGUGUGUACCACAUUCUUGCUUAAUAGUAUUAACCAUAGAGGAGUUCAGGUUUAUAGCAUGUAGUUUACCUAUUGAACCAUCAUUGACUAUGGAAAUACUUCCUAAGCAAUCAAGAGA